AUGGGAGUAACGCCGUCGAAGGGUUCGCUGUUCCUGCAGCUGAGGGGCGCGGAGCGGAAGAGGGGCCACGUGGAGGAGACGGUCCUGCUGCUGCAGCAGCAGAUGGCGCAGCAGCGACUCUUGCUGGAGCAAGAGCAGCAAGCUAAAGAGAGACUUCUCCUGCAGCAGCAGCAACUGCAGGAGCAGCAGGAACAGCAGCAGCAGAAGGGGCGGCGGCAUCACCACCACCACCACCACAGGCACCGGAGGCACAGGCACGACGACGACGAGACAGAAGAAUCUUCGAACGGCAGUGGCGAUUCAGAGGACGACGAUGAUGAUGAUGAGGAAGACUCUGAAGAGGAGGAGGAUGAGGAUGAUGAUGAGGAGGAGGAAGGAGGGCGCAUGUCACGGAGUGAGCUGAGUGCGGUGGUGAGAUCUCUGAAAGAACAGGUGGCCGGGAUGGACGCUCUGGCGGGGGAGGGGGUGCGGGAGCAGGGCGAGCAGCGCAACUCCUCGCUCAUGCUGCUGCUCGAGGCGGAGGAGGUGGGUCUGGCUGUGUGCCGCCUCACUCUUUCUGUGUGCCUUAAAUUUACCCUUUCCCCUCGCUCUUUGGUGCCCCUCGCUCUUUGGUGCCCCUUGCUUUUUCGCACGCCCGCCUUCCUCUUGUUCCUCCCUUCUUUGACCCUGUCAUGUUCUUCUUGCACCCUAUCCGCCUUGCCUAUUACUUUGCCUCCCAUCCCCCCCCAUUCUCCCCCUCCCCCUCCCUGCCCUUCUCCUCACUCCCCCCACCUUGUCUCGCUCCCUCACAAUGGUCCACCAAGUAUUCCAAGGCAGCAGCCAAUGCGGCAUCAGCAGCAGCAUCUUUGGACGAGGCCCGCUCGCACAUCCUCCUACCUUCUCCUACCUCCUCUCUCCCGUUCCCUCCCCUCCCAUCCACCCCCACACCUGCAGAAGUAUUCCAAGGCGGCAGCCAAGGCGGCGUCAGCAGCGGCGUCGCUGGACGAGGCGCGCUCGCACAUCGCAGACCUGGAGGACCGGGUAACGCUGCUGCAGCAGCAGGAGCAGCAGCACGGCCAGCAGCAGCAGUACAUGCAGCACCACGAUCAUUCAGGCGGCACACACGGGCUGGCAGAAGCUGUUAAGGUGUGUUCCUGUGCUGUGAGCCUGUGCCUGCGGUUGCAGGCGGUUCUGGAGAUUAUUGAAGUGGUGAAGAGAAUGGGGGAGAAGGGGGCGAGGCGGAGCAGCCGCAGCAAAAGUAGGCUUGCAAGUUUUUCACCUCAUCCUUUCCUUCCUGCCUUCCCCCCUGUGGCUCCUUUCUUUCCCUGGGGGACUACCUACCAACAGGCCCUACAGGCGCAGGUGGAGAUGCUGGAGGUGGCCCUGCAGGCGCAGGUGGAGAUGCUGGAGGUGGUGCAAGGAAAAGCGGAGCAGAGGCAGCAGCAGCGCAUGCAGCAGGUGCAGGGGGACCAGCAGCAGCGCUGGCAGCAGCAGCUGCAGCAGCAGGGCGAGGUGCUGCGCGCGUUUGUGGAGAGGCGCUGCAACGAGGCCGUGGUGGCUGCAGGCGACACUGCAGCGAGGCACUCGGGCACGGCACAGCUGGUGGAAGCACAGCUGGAGAUGCAGACAGACAGCACUAGAGCACCCUCUCCCUCCCUCAACCCUUUCGUCCCUUUUGCGUCGUCCCUCUCGUCCCUUUCCCCCUCGUUCCCUCUUCAGAGGCACUCGGGCACGGCACCGCUGGUAGAAGCACAGCAGGAGAUGCAGGCAGCACUGCAGCUGCUCUCAGGGCGCAUGGAGGGGGUAGAAGAGGAGAGGGCGCGGGAGAGGGAGAGGGAUGGCGAGAGGGAACAGGAGAGGGAGCGGGAGAAGGAGAAGGUGAGGGAGAAUGAGCGGCGGAAGGAGGAGGAGAGGCAUCAGCAGCUGGCAAUCCUGGCUGCAGACCUCAAGCCGGUGCAGGAGCAGCUGAAGAGCUGCCUCGCAUCCCAGCAGCACGUGGCUUUGCUCGCAGCAACUGCAGCAGCGUCUGCAGAGAAGGCAAUGGCAGUGGAGCGAGCAGCAGCGUCCGUGGCGGUAGAAUCUGCAGUGGAGACGGCACACCUGGCGCAGGCAGAGGCGGAGGCUGCUGCUGGUGCCGUGGGGGACCUGAGGGAGAGGAUGCGGGAGGUGGAGCGGGUGCAAGCACUGGAAGGGAAAGUAGAGGGCGUGGAAAGGAGCUUCGAAGGAGUGAAAGGGAGAGUACAAGCGGUGGAAGGGAGUCUGGAAGGGUUUGAAGGGAGGAUAAAGGAGGAAUGCGUUGCAGCAGUGGCAGCUGCAAUGGGAGGAGGAACUGGGAGGGGUUUAGCAGGGGAAGAAGAAGGGGAGAAAGGGGAGAAGGCGAGGUUGCUGGAGCAGAGGGUUCUAGAGCAAGUGGAGGAGAUUCGACGAGAGGUAGGGGAUCUGGAAGGCGGUCUGGUUAAGGUGCAGGUGAAGCUGGGACAGGUGGUUGAGAGGACUCCGGAGGUGGGGAGACUGGAGGGAGCAAUAGAGCAGCUGGAGCAGGAGGUGAAGGACAUGCGGGAGAGGAUGAUGGGUGGGGGGAUGGGCGAGGGAGGAGGGGCGGGAACAGGAGGAGCAGGAGCAGGGGCAGGAACAGGGGCAGGGGCUGGGGCAGGGGCAGGAACAGGGGCAGAGGCUGGGGCUGGGGCAGGGGAGGAGAUGGUAAAGAGGCUACGGCAGGUGGAGGUGGAGUUGAGUGCAGCGAGGGAGGCGGUGCAGGAGGUGUCAGUGCGAGUAACAGAGCUGGAAGCGAGCUCCAUCACAGAAGAAGCAUCUGCUGCUGUGCAAGGCGCUGCUGUGGCGUCGAUUGAAGCCCAGGUGGCCUCGCUGGAAGAAGAGAUGGGGCUGGUGCGAGAACAGCUGGGGGUGAUGCAGGAGGGGAUGGGGUCGGUGCGGGAGCGGGUUGAGGGGAUGGAGGAGCAGGUGCUGGGGUUGGAAGGGCGGCUGGUGAUGGUUGAAUCAGGGAUGGGAGAGGGUGCAAUGGGGGGGGAUGAUGUUGAGAGGGAGAGUGAGGGGACGAGAGAGGUUAAGGAGGAGUUAGUCUGGGUAAGGAAGGAGCUGGCAAGGCUUGACACGGGAGUGAGGGGACUGGAGCAGUCGUUGAAACAGGCUGAGGAGGUUCGGCAGGAGUCGCAGGUUCGGGAGGCGCAGGCUCGGGAAGCACUGGUUGUGGAGCUCCAGGAAGACCUGCAGCUGGCCAGGCAGAAAGGCCUGGAAGAGGCUCGGCAGGUGGCCCGGGAGGAGGUUCAGAAGGUGGGGACAGGAAGCAGAAGCGAAGGGCUUUCAUGCGCAAAUGAAGCUCCUGCGAAUGCUGAUGGUAAUACUGAAGGAGGGGAGGAACAAGGCAGUGGUGGUGCUUCUGCCUCUGCAUCUGCUUCUUCUUCAGCUGCAACGGUUGGAUUGUGGGAGGUAGUAUCGAGCGUACAGGUGGAGGUGAAAGAGCUAAGAACGCGGGGCUUUGCAUUAAGGGAUAGUGUGGAGGAGGUGAAGAAAGACAUGCGAAGAGAAGGUAGGACGUUCAAGGAUGCUCUGGCCCACCUUGAGACGGACCUCAAGGCGGCUCGGCGCAGCGCGGAAGAGGCUCGAGACGAGGCUAUCCGGCAGGCUCGGGAGAGCGCGGAUCGGGCAGCUGAGAGGGCGGAAAGUGCAGUGGCGGGUGCUGUGGGGGAGAUGAAUGGCUUGGUGAAGAGAUGGGGAGAGGUGGUGGGAGAACAGAGGAAGAGAGUGGAUGAGGUGGCAGGGAAGAUGCAGCAGCAGGUGCAGGGAGUGUCUGAAAAGGUGGUGGGGUUGGAAAGAGCGGUGGAGAGGAGUGGAGAGGAGUUGGCAGGGUUGCGGCAAGAGAGUGUAAAGGAGGCGGAGAGAGUAGAGAGGCUUGAGAAGAUGGUUGAGGAGGGGUUGGAGAAGGUGGAGAAGGAUGUAGGUGCGGCUGCUGCUGCUGCUGCUGAGGCUGGGACGAAAGCUGCUGCAGGUGAAGCAGCAGCGGCUGCUGCUGUGGAAGCAGCAAGAGCAGAUGCGGCCGCACGGAUCGACCUUUUAGAGGCCGAGAUUGGUACGAAGAUCAACGGUGUGGAGAGAGAGGUUGAUGCCGUGCGUGAGAAGAUCAACGGUGUGGAUGAGAAGGUGGAGAGCUUGGGAGAGGAGAUGGUGCAGGUGCAACUGAAAGUGGAUGGGACGGAAGAGGGGGUGCAUGCUCUAGAGCUUCAAGCGGGGAGUCUGGCCGAUCACGUGAAGGCAGUCGAGGAAGAGGUGAAUCUAGAGAAGCGGAGAGGGGAGGAGAAAGCAGCGGAAGACGCGUUGAGACGGUGGACAGAGGAGGAGAGCGCGAGAGAAACCGCGGCAGAUGUGGAGAGUAUCAAAGCCCGGGUGGAGGAGAUGGAGAGGUUGCAGCAGAGCCUGGUGCAGGCUCACGAGAAGGCGGUGCAGGAACUGGUAUCAGAGCAGGCGCGGCUGGUGAAGGGGCAGGAGGAGCUAUCGCAGGAGGUGCAGCGGCAGGAGGAGGAGCGCCUAGCUGCUUCCCAAACGAUGCUGGCGCGGUUGCAGGCAGAUGUGCGGGCGCUAGUGGGGAAGCUGGAAGGGGUGGUGCGGGAGGAGCAGAGGAAGAUGCGGGGGGAGGUGGCGGCGGGUGUGGGGAAGAUGGAGGGGGAGAUGAAGCGCAUGGAGGGCAAGGUGCAAGGCGUGGAAGAGCAGUUGGGGACGGCACUUGAGCAAUGCCAGCGGCUGCAGGGCACGAGCAGGGAUCACAAGGAGGACCUGGCGCGUAUAGAGGGCGACCUGCACACACUCUCCCUCUCGCACUCACAGCUGCUCGCCAAUCUCCAGGCCAAGCAGUCCAAGCAAGGCCUUGGGUUCAUGAGGUGGCACCAGCCGCGCCCAUCCAAGUCAGAGGAGGACCCCUCUCCCUCAGAGAGCCCCACCAACCCUCUGGCCCGCAGAGCCUCGCUGCGCCCCCCGUCCGCCUCCCCGUCCCCGGAGCUCCGUGGGUUGUCCAUGUCAUCAGAUGGGAGUGGCACCACUGGCGGCGCGAUUGUACUCGGCCUCAAGUCUCCGUCUGGGGACUGA